AUGCGUUUCACUGAACCACCACUGGAGAACCCCGCCACAAACGGUGUUGGUGGAACAAUUAACGCGAGUGUGCGGCGGAACAUCCGGAGACCAACAUAUCCGUUUCGAAAAUCGCACCGAUCGAAACCUCGAAGAUGGCCCCUCGUCCUUCGCUUUAUAAAAGGCGCUGUGCAUAUGUCAAUCCUCAUCCCCGUGGUAUUGCACGGUAUUUUUACAGCCCUAAUAGUCUAUCUGGAUAAAUACGUCUUCGACAGCAUUGGUCUUCCCGCGUCAAUAAUCCCAUCCCUCUCCAUCGUCGUCGGUCUCAUCCUCGUCUUCCGCAAUCAAACCUCCUACAACCGCUUCUGGGACGGCCGGAACAACCUAGCCGCCAUCAACACCUCCAUCCGCAACCUAACCCGCUCAAUCCUCACGCACGCUUACAAUAGACACAGCGGCCCGCUCACUCUCGCCGAGAAAAACGAUGUCGAGCGGACGAUCCGUGUCCUCAUGGCUAUUCCGUAUGCGGUAAAGAAUUAUCUAAGGGCCGAAUGGGGUGCAGCAUGGAAUUUGAAUUCGACAGUUGUAAACGGGAAAUGUGGUGGGGAUGGAGGGGGAAGUGCCAGUGUUAGUCAUGCGGUGGAAAACAACAUGCUAAUGUUACAUUUGGAGAAUAGCGGUGUCAAUGGUCACGGCGCUGAGGGUGGUGGUUCUAGCAAUGGAGAGCACGUCUUCAAUCCGGAAUACGACAGCCUGUUACCCGUGGGCUUGCAGGCAUAUGAAGACGAGGGACUCGGUUUACCGCUCCAACUAACGUUCUUCGUCGACGGAUUUCUAAAACGCGGCGAAGACCGAGGUUGGUUCACAGCACCCAAUGCCAGCAAUCUACAGGCCCAACUCAACAUCCUAACGGAUUCCUACGGACGCAUGGAGACGAUAAAGCUAACCCCAAUUCCCAUCGCGCAUCUGAUUCAUCAAAAGCAGGUCCUCGCACUCUUUGGCGCUGUGUUGCCAUUUGCAAUGGUAGAUGAGAUGGGCUGGUGGACUAUACCCAUCGUCUCGCUCGUUAUCUUUACGCUGUAUGGUAUUGAGGGGAUCGGGUCGCAGUUGGAGGAUCCGUUUGGGUAUGACCGGAAUGACAUUAAGAUGGAUGCUAUUGUGGAGGACGAGAGGGUGGAGAUUGAGGCGAUUUUAAAUGAGUGGAAGAGGGUUACGGUUGUGAGGGGGGAGGAUGGGCUUGUGGGUGUGGGUGCGGGUGGUGCAGGUGCCGGUUGUGGUGAUAAAGGCCAGGGAUAUGAGCCUCAGGAAAUGUUUAUACGGAUGAGGGGAACAGUGAGGAAUGGGGUGUGA